ACACUCCUCACACACACAGACUAGAGACAGAACGGACGCCCCCUUGAGGACUAGACCUAGCCGUCCUUGUUCAUUCAUCUUCUCAAAACAGGAACACCAGAGAACGCCCCCCCCCCCCCUCCCCCCCUCAUUGGAAGAACGUUAGCAGCCCGGCUCUCCAUGGUCACUCCCUCAUCUGCACCUCGCACACACAAUACUCGUUCACUCUCUCAUAUUCUCUCAUCUACAUUCACGCCCUCUUACUCUCACUUCCACCAUUCACAAGCACACAAGGAAAAAAGAGUCGAAAACUCAAACAAGCAGCUAAAAAUUAGAUUCUCAACAGCUGAAAACACUGAACAAUAGUUAUACAUCUAGGAAAAUCUGAUAGUCACUGCAUUUUCGAAAUCAAAGAAGAAUUUCAAAUCUGGAAAAAUCUCUGUUUUAGCUUCAAGCUGUUGGAUCUUCGAAGCUGAUUUUCUGCAAUUGCGGGUCUUGCCGAACUUCUGCUGUUGCAUUGCUAGGAUUGUUUGACUGAGUUCCAUCCUCCAACUGUAGCUGUUUCUGCCUUUAUUUGGCUGGCUCUAUUUCAAUUUCUGCCGCUUAGGUCCUAAAACGUCUAUUUGUGCACUUUCCCCAAGUUGUCUAGGCAAUCGGCCCACUUCAAAUGGGCCUUUCAGCUCAUUCUUCUUCAUUAAACAUACAAAACAGAGAGCUCAGUUUUAUAAUUUGAGGAAGGGAGAAGAGCAAGGGAAACGGUGAAAUAGCGGAGAAAGGUAUCUUUCAUAUGGGAGUAUGCUGAAACUAGUUUCUGAAACGUUAUGUGUGCGAGUAGGCCAGAUAAUUAGGCCUGUUCUAUGUGCGCAAAUUAGUGGCUUUCAUACUGCAAAGCCUUGUUUAGCACCUAGAAGCUUUUUUGGUGUAGAAGAUUUCCUUGAUGAUGACAAUAGCCGACCAUACACUUACCAGAAGGGAAAAAAGUCCAAGAACCCAAACAAGCAUGUUUCUUUCAAGCAACGGACUGUAGCUUACAUGGAACCUUUCACCCUUGAUGUUUUCAUAUCAAAGCGCUUUGUUUCAGCCUCUAUCACCCAUAGAGUUACAUGCAAACAGGUUGCAGUAGCUGGUACAAACUCUAAAGACAUCAAGGCAGUGCUCAAAUCACGAAGUGAUAUUCCUGCAUGCUUGUCUGUAGGACAGAUUUUGGCUGACAGGGCAAGAGAGGCUGAUGUAUACACUGCUUCUUAUACUCCUAGGGAUAGGGACAAGUUUGAAGGAAAAAUUAGAGCAGUUGUUCAGUCCCUCAUUGAUAAUGGUAUCGACAUCAAAGUUUAUCUUGACUGAAAAAGGUACUAUGUAUACCCAUUGUAUCCGCUAAUAUUCAACUGCCUCAAAGUUAAGAAUCCAUAUUCCAGUCUACUUAAUAUUUCUUCCAGUGUUUUAUUUUCACAGACGCCCCUCAUUGUGGUGAAGACUUGCUCACUAACUUUCAUAUGAUUGAUUCAAUCAACGUAAGCCAUCUUUACUAAAGAAGACUAAGUAAUCCAAAGUCUCAACAUGGAUCCAAUAAAUUUAUGCACUAACAUAAAGUUGAGAAAGCCUAUAAAGGCUUUGAAUGCUCCAAUGUUGCUGGUUACACCCGGAUAGCAUUCUCAUUGUACAUUUUCAUCUUUUUAUUCCCCGGUCAUCAUCAGAAGCUCCAGGGCAAACGAGCUAGGGAGCAACAUCAGAGGCUUACUAGUGCAUCGCCACGCCAAUGCCAUGUAUGUAACUACCAAUACAACUGUACGGCUACGUCCAUGACAAUUGAGCUUGAUUUUGAAGGAUGAAGUGUACACAUUUGUGUGCCCCCGUCUGUUUCUUUUAUGACAAAAUUUGACAGUAUGUUAUUACUAGCAUGUGUGUAAAAAAGAAAAAGUUAUUACUAGCAUGUAAAAUUCUGAGGGGCUGUGUGGUACUUGGUAUGUAAAUUUUAUCAGGAAGAAUGGGGUUCUAUAUAUUUCCUUGUUUAGUGA